GUACUCGUGUCACAUUGAUAUAAGUAAUGAUUUCCUAACUUUUUGCUAGCGUUAUCGCCACUUUGUACAUCGUUUUCCUACGACCAUGAUGUAAUAGAAAAAGCUUACACAAAAAUAAAUAAUUAUUCAACCAAAGUAAAGUCCCAAGAUGUCAUUUGAAAAGGAAAACUAUCCUGAUGAAUUUAUGAAACCUUAUAUGAUUUCAUUUGCAACGUUAAGGAAAUCCAAUGUGAAAUUUUUGACCGACGAAAAAUCCUUCCUAAAGAAGUAUUGGAGGUUUAUUUACAUAUUUCCCUGUAGCAUGUCGUUUUUCCUGUGUAUGCUGACGUAUUUUUCGAUAGUCACAGCCAGGAUGGACGAUUUUAUCGAAAUAUCUAAUACGUUUGCUGUCACUUUUGUUGUUCUACAAGCGGUGGUGAAGAGUAUAGCGGUGGUGCAUCGUAAUGAAGACAUCACAUACAUCAUCAGGCAGAUGGCGGCACUGUGGCCGAAAGAAGAGCAUCUCACUGAGAGGCAAACUGUUGCGAAAAUGAAACAUUUGAAACGACUGAAUGUUUGCGUUACAGUUUACUACUACUUAAACAUAGUGGGGUCAUGGCAGUAUAUACUGGUGCCUUUGUUGGAGACGUUGUUUCGUAUCUUCGUACUAAAUCAGCAGUCUAUGCUGAAGUUUCCUUUUGGCUGCAGUUUCCCGUUUGACCCGACCGAGAGUUGGUCGCGAUACUUGAUGGUUUAUGCUUAUGAGACUUUUGCCAUGAUAAAGCUGGUAUACUUUCUCGUGGGCACAGAACUUUUACUUAUAACAAUGACUGCCCAUCUCAGCAUUCUAUUUACACUUCUAAGUGAUGACUUGCUGAUUCUGAAACCGUCAUCGAAGGCGGAUGAUGCUGAGAUAACUUACUUUGAAGCUGAUAGACAUGAGAAGAAGAUCGGUGAUAUUGUACGGAGACAUCAAAAGUUGAUUAAGUUAUCAAAAAUGUUUGAUGAUAUAUUCAACAAAGUGAUAUUCUAUAAUGUGACAGUGUCUACUGUGUCGAUAUGUUUCUUUGGGUUUGUGGCUAAAAUUGCUAAGAACCCCGGUGAAAUAGCCAACAACGUGGUGGGGGUGAUAGCGUCAAUUCUGCCAAUAUUCAACCUGUGCUACUACGGACAACUGCUCACUGAUGCUAGUUCCAGUUUAGCUCUAUCGGCUUAUUUGAAUAUUUGGUACGCAAAAGACACCAGAUUUCAAAAGAUGCUGGGUCUAAUCAUGCUGAGGUCUCAAGCUCCUUGCUGCAUCACGUCCUACAAAUACGCUCCGGUCACACUCAACAUGUUCACUGGCGUCAUGAGCACCACAUGGUCUUACUUUUCAUUAAUAUGCAGUGUUUAUGAAGAAGAAUAAGUGUAAUUUCCUUGAAACUAUUAAGCACUCUUAUAAUUAUGUAAUUUGUUUAUUACUUACAAAAUAAAUGUUCGUAUUAUCGUUUUCUCAAUGCACAGCACAAA